UGGGUUACAAGCAAAGUCCCCCACCUUUUCUAGCUCUUCUCCAAAACCUAUCGACCUUUCAAAGUAAUCUACUUCAAGGUGCUAACUUUGCCUCGGCCGGAGCUGGAAUUCUUGAUCAAACUGGAAUACGAAGAUAUCAAUAUGCGAUAACAAUGACACAGCAAGUGCAACAAUUUGCGACCGUUCAAGGCAAUAUCACACAGCUGCUGGGUCAAGAUAAAAGCGUCGAGUUCAUCGCCGAAUCACUCUUCUUCAUCAGUGUCGGAAACAAUGACAUCUUGGACCACCACCGUUCCAAGCGGACCACCGUGUCCCAGACACAGUUGAUGGAAGCCAUUCGGUCUAACUUCACCGUGCAAUUGACGAAUUUAUACAACUUGGGAGCUCGGAAAUUUGGCAUCAUCAGCGUCCCUCCGCUCGGGUGCUGCCCUGCCGCGCGGGUCGAAAACAAGACGGAGAGAUCGGGUUGCUUGACAGAGCUGAACGAUUAUGCUCGGGCCUUCUAUUCGACGGUAUCGGCCCUAUUGCCAAGUCUGAGCUCACAGCUCCACGGGAUGAUAUACUCACUCGGAGAUGCAUAUAACAUGACCUUUACCACGAUGAAGGACCCCAAGGCUUUUGGCUUCAAGAACAUUGAAGAAGCCUGCUGUGGAAAAGGGUAUCUGAACGGAGAGAAGCCUUGCUUCAUCUAUUACAGCCCAAACCUGUGCCUGAACCGCACAGAAUACUUGUUCUGGGACCUGUACCACCCGACCGAAUUCGCGUCUAAGCUAGCCGCCCUCACUCUGUUCAGUGGAAACUCGAGUUUCGUUGUGCCGAUCAACUUCAGUCAGCUGGCUCGGGCCAGUCCAUGAGAUCGACAGAUGCCGCACUCUUCUCAUAUUUUCUCUUCAUUUCCACAAAUUCAGUUGCCAAUAAUGAACACCCCUUUCAGGGCAUUUCCAGGAUCAAAGUUGCCGAAUCGCGGCACCUGAAAUAAACUUGUAUAUCUCAGCAUCAGCAUGUUUUUACUGCCUCCUCUUCUUCUUCAACAGCAUCGUUGUCAUUAUUAUCAAUGUCAGUUUCCA